CUCCCUAAGCGUAUAAUUUGUUCAAUCCCUCCCCUCUUUUCAAUUCGGCAAUCCAUCAUGUCUGGCUUCAUCCAGAAGGGCGCCAAGAACAUUCUCCAGAAGAACCCCAAUGACGUCGUCUUUCUGUCUGUACUGAGGACGCCGGUCACGAGGGCGAAGAAGGGUGGUCUCAAGGAUGCAUACGACCAUGAGAUGCUCGCGGCUGUCCUCAAAGCCACUUUGGACAAGAACCCCAACCUCGACCCCGCGAAGAUCCAGGAUGUGCACAUUGGCACUGUCCUCGCCGAGCUCGGUGGCUCCAAGGCCGGACGCAUGGCUAUGAACCACGUCGGCUACCCGAGCACCACCUCUUUCCAAACUGUCAACCGGGCGUGCAGUUCCUCUCUGUCUGCCAUCACCGGGAUCGCGCAAAGCAUAGCCGUGGGAGCCAUUGACGUUGGUGUCGGCGGAGGCAUGGAGAGCAUGACGCGCAACUACGGCUCGCGCGCGAUCCCAACGGUCCUCUGGCCUGAGCUGAAAGAGUCUCCGGUCAAGGACGCGCGGGACUGCAUUAUGAGCAUGGGAAUCACGUCGGAGAACGUAGCGGAGCGGUACAACGUCAGCCGAGCGGAUCAAGACGAAUUCGCUAUGCGGUCGCACUACAAAGCCGCAAAGGCACAGCAGGAGGGCCUGUUCGACAAGGAGAUCAUCCCCGUGACGACGCGGUUCCGGCCAGACCCCGAGGUGCCCGAGAACGAGGAGACGAUUACCGUCACCAAGGACGACGGCAUCCGGCCCACGACCACCGUCGAGAAGCUCGGCACCAUGAAGCCCGCUUUCAAGCCCGACGGCCGCAGCACCGCCGGCAACAGCUCUCAAGUGUCAGACGGCGCGUCGGCCGCGCUGAUGAUGCGCCGCAGCACCGCGCAGGCGCUGGGCCUGUCCGGCUCCAUCAUCGGCAAAUGGGCCGGUACGCAGGUUGUUGGCUGCAAGCCCGACGAGAUGGGCAUUGGCCCCGCUCUUGCCAUCCCCAAGCUGCUCGACUACACCGGCCUGUCCAAGGAAGAGAUUGGCAUCUGGGAGAUCAACGAGGCGUUUGCUUCCCAGUCGAUCCACUGUAUCCGCGAGCUGGGACUUGAUAUGGACAAGGUUAACCCGAAGGGCGGUGCUAUUGCGCUGGGUCACCCGCUCGGCGCCACUGGUGGCAGGCAGUUGGCGACGCUGAUGCCUGAGCUGGAGCGCCAGGGCAAGGAGCUCGGUGUUGUGUCGCUUUGUGUGGGUACUGGUAUGGGCAUGGCCAGUUUGUUUGUUAGGGAAUAAGAGAGCGAGGCCUGCAUGAUUGCUUUUUGAGCGCUCUGUAUAUAACGUAGCAAUGGAAGAUUCACGAAGUCUCAGG